AUGGUGUUCGUGAAUGGUAUGUUCUGCAAAGAUCCAAAACUCGCCACCCCCGAGGACUUCUUUGUCUCUGGACUUCUUACUCCUCGAAGUACAUCGAAUCCAAUGGGAUCAACCGUUACUCCUUUUGCUGUAAUGCAAAUACCAGGACUUAACACUCUUGGAAUUUCUUUAGUUCGUAUUGACUUUGCACCUUAUGGGCUCGUCCCACCUCAUUUUCACCCUCGUGCAACCGAAAUUCUUGUGGUCCUCGAAGGUACCCUUGACGUUGGAUUUGUUACAUCUGAUCCAGACCACCGUCUUUUUACCAAGACGUUGUGCCCUGGAGAUGUCUUCGUCUUCCCGCAAGGUCUCAUUCACUUUCAAUUUAACGAGGGAAAAACUGAUGCGGUCGCCAUUUCUGCUCUAAGCAGCCAAAACCCAGGAGUAAUUACCGUUGCAGAUACAGUGUUCGGAUCUAAUCCGAAGAUUUCUACUGAUGUUCUAACCAAGGCAUUCCAGUUGGACAAGAAGGUGGUUGACUAUCUUCAAGCCAAGUUCUCGGGAGUAAUAACUAAAUAA